AUGAAGGCUCUAGCCACGGAGAUGACAACAAGUUUCGGCAAAAGGCUGGCUCCGUUAGGUUUACAAGUGCGGGAAUUGACUGGAGAUACGACUCUUUCCAAGAAGGAAAUUUCCGAGACACAGAUGCUGGUGUUGACACCUGAGAAGUGGGAUGUUGUUACAAGGAAAGGCGCCAGCGACAACUCCUUGACAUCACUUGUCAGGCUGUUAAUCAUUGAUGAAGUUCAUUUGCUGCACGACGAUCGAGGCCCAGUUAUCGAAACUAUUGUUGCUCGAACCCUACGACAGGUGGAAAUUUCUCAAACGGGAAUUCGUAUCGUUGGCUUGUCGGCGACGUUGCCAAACUAUGUAGAUGUUGCAAGAUUUUUACGAGUUAAUCCCUACAAAGGACUUUUCUACUUUGAUGGACGCUUUCGACCUGUUCCUCUUACGCAGAAGUAA